UGUUGCAUCGGUGUUAAGGACGGUAAAUAAACAAAUUACACGAUCGUUGCGUACCGCCGCGAUGGCUCUGAGUCGCUUCGAGUACGUGAAGGGCUUCGAACAGGAAGACAAGCUGUUGCCCAAUUGUUGGGUCGUGGUGCGGAUCGAUGGCAAAGGCUUUCACCGGUUUUGCGAUGUCCACCGGUUCAACAAACCCAACGACGCCGACGCACUGCAGCUGAUGAAUAUGGCCGGUAUGACGGUGAUGCAGGAGUUCAACGAAAUAGUGAUCGCGUACGGGCAGAGCGACGAGUAUUCGUUCGUGUUUCGCCGGGACGCGAACGUGUACCAGCGCCGGCGGGAUAAACUAGUCAGCUACGUGGCAAGUUUGUUCACCUCGGCGUACAUGUUUCACUGGGCGCGCAUCUUCGAGGGCCGCGCGCUGACCAUGCGCUACCCACCGUCGUUCGAUGCCCGCGCCGUCCUGUAUCCGACGGAAGAGAACCUACGUGAUUACCUUAGCUGGCGACAGGCGGACGUUCACGUGAACAAUCUGUACAACACCACCUUCUGGAACCUGGUGGCGUCCGGGCUCAGCAAUGCGGAAUCCGAGCAACGCCUCCAGGGAACGCUAGCUAGCGAUAAGAACGAGAUACUCUUCUCUCAGUUCAACAUCAACUACAACAACGAACCGGUAAUGUACCGGAAAGGUACCAUCCUGCUGCGAAAGAACGUUACCGUACCGGAUGGCACGGGGAGUAAGCAGAAAUUCAUCGUGCCCAUUUUUGAGGAUCUCAUAAGCGACGCAUUUUGGGUCAAACAUCCGGAGAUUUUGGACAAGAAACAGAAGCACGACGACACCUUCCAGCUGGCAGGACAGGACGACGCCGCGGUGCAGCCAAUCCUUAGCUACCAGCUUGAAGUGUACCAGCGGCGGCGGCAAGGAAUGAACCAGAAAACGAAUCAGCUACCGACGUGUUCGGGCGUUCGAUAG